CUUUUAGGAUGUGUAGUUUUCCCGCAGAUUUCCGUAUUUUGUAUUUUGUUAUACGUAUUAACUGUAGAUAUGGUAAUAGUCAUUGGUAUAAGCUAGAUAAGAUAAUUUACUUUUUAUCAUUAGUCCGAGGAGAGCAGUUGUAACUCAAGUUACUUGAAUUUACCUCUAUCAUAUCAUGACAAAUACAUUGAAUUCACAUUGGCUAUGACGCCAUUCAUUAGCUGUGCAGAUACGACAACUAUCCACUCAAGAAUAUAACAUCGAUAAUGCAGUUACAUCAAUAACCCCAAAAUCGAGAAUUUUGUAGUUACGACAGUUUACCUCUCAGAUUGAAGACACAUAGUUGAGAGAUGGCUCUACCAACACCUUCACAGUUGGGCUUAUCAAAAUCAUCACUAGGAAACCUCAAGUGCAGUUUAUGUUCAGGGUUUUUAUCUGUUCCACCAAUAUGUUUUGCAGGCCAUAAAUAUACAUGUGGACGCUGUAGUUCUACAGGAAAUAGAGUAACAAUAUAUGAGGAAUUAGCAAAAUACAUGAUAUUUCCUUGUAUUCAUGAAAAAUGUAAUGUACAAGUUCCGUGGGGCCAAGUGGAGAAUCAUGAAUUGGCCUGCCCACAUAAAGAAAUACGCUGCCCCUUUGGAUCGUGUAAAACUUAUUUUAAAGUGAAGACAGUAAUUCAGCAUGUUGAGGAUUGUCAUAAAAUAUGUUUACACACAAAUGAACUCACUAUACCAAGAAGACUGAGAGAUAUUCCUUUGAAAAAUUUCAAUGCUGACAGAAAAGUAUUUUUACUUGUUAAAAAUAAUGUGCCUUUCAUAGGAAUGGCUUACAUAAAUUGCACUUUGAAUAAUAAAAAAGCUAUCAAAGGCUAUGAACUAGCUUUUGGUGUAUAUUCCUUUAAAAACAAUGUGGGUUCAAUGACUGAUGCAACGUAUCAAGUGGAGCUAAUGGUCAAAAAUAGUAAUCAAGAUGUUAAUUAUAUCUGGGAAUAUCAAGAAAUUAAGCUAUUUAAUGAAAAGCUCCACUGUUUUGAUUGUUUCACCGGAAACUGUAAACUUCCUCAUCAUAGUAAUGACAAGAAAAACUUUUUAACAAGUCGAUUGGAUAAUAUAGACAAAGUUGGUGAUAUGAAUGUAACGUAUACCAUUAAAAUUGAAACAAAAAAGCGCCCACAGGAAAAGUUGUUACCUCAUUCCUCUGGGAAACAAACAGAGGUUUAUAAAGUAAUAUGCUCCUUUUGCAGAGAUAUCAUGUGUGCUCCUAUUUUUGUAUGUGGGUGUGGCCAAAGUCUAUGUUGUUCAAGUUGUAAGCAUAAAUCAUUGAGUUGUCCUUUUUGUAGGGAAAAAUUGGGUCAAACUAGAAACCUUGUUGUUGAGAAAAUUACUGAAGUUUUACAAAUAUCAUGUCAAAAUAUAGCUAAGGGAUGUAAGUACACUGGCACAGUAAAAAGUACUAAACAGCAUAUUAUUAAUUGUAAAUAUAACUUUCUGUGAUACGGAUCGAAUACUUCAAUUGUUCUUCAUUGUUACCUUGACCUUUUCCAAGUUUGUAUUGAUUUUAUUUGUAGAGAUUCUCAUAUAUUUUGGGAAUAUGUUGAAUAUUUAGAAAUAAAUAAUUAUAUAAG